AUGGAAGAGGAGGAUUACUACUAUUACGAUGAAAAUUAUGGCGAUGAGGAGGAGGAGACGUGGGAGGCAGCGCUGGAAAACGCCUACGUGACGGCAAAGUCCAUGAUGGACACCAUGCCAGAGCAGUGUGCUGCUGGACUGCGUGGCGUCGAGCGCGACGAUCCGGUGGGAGGAAAGUGGACGUUCAAGGCAUUCAAGAUGCUUGUAAGGGUCUGUCGACGCAUUGAAUCCUAUGAAGAGAUGCUGAGCUAUUACAACAAGGUCUCCACCUUUAGCCAAAAGUGUGUGAGCAAGGCUCAAUUGCAGAAAGCCAUGACAAAGCUUAUUGAUGAGGCACAGCGUGUGCCUGUAGAAUAUCUCCGGCGUAUGUUGGAAACCACCAUUGAGGUCACUUCAAGGGACAUGGGUUCUUUUGGUAAACUGUGGUUUAACGCAAAACUUAAACAUGCGACGCUGUUACUCGAGUCGAAUGCUCUGGAUGCCGCGCUGGAGGAAAUGGGAGUAGUACUAGAGUGGUGUAAAGAGGAAGAUCAAUUUGCUCUCAAGAGAAGUUCCCAAUUGUUUCUCUCAUACGCGUUGUUGCUAGGAAUAUACUCCAAAAAAAAUGAUUACAGUUCUAUGCGGGAAACCUUCUUUCUGGCAACCUCUAUUAUCAACACGAUUCCCCCAUCCCGCGUGAUGGGCGGUGUGAUGGAGUGCGGUGGAAAGAUGUACAUUCAUUUUCGUGACUGGCAAUCGGCAUUUCGGGCCUUUUCGGAUGCAUUUCUGCACUACAACGAGUCCGGUGACCCUCGAAAGAUAGGUUGCCUGAAGUACCUCGUGCUGACCCGCAUGCUUGGUGGAUCCACUAUUGAUCCGUUUGCCAGGCAAGAAACAAAAGUGUACGAGGAAACGCCUGAAAUCGUGCCCGUUGCAACACUUAUGAGGUCUUUUGCCGCGAAUGAUGUUCGCGGAUUUCUCGAAGUUAUGGCUUUCUACCGAGAAGCUUUUGAGGCCGAUUCCGUGCUGCAAUCCUGCCUGGACUUUGUGCUGGAGCAGCUCCGCCUACAGGCUCUUGCGGCGUACUUGGCGCCGUACCAGCGUCUUUAUAUAAAACGUCUGGAGGAGGUAUUAUGUGUGGACGCAGAGGAGGUAGAGCGACUGUGUGUCAGGGCGGUGAUGGAGGGUAAUCUCCAUGCCGCUCUCGAUGAUGAGGAACACGUAAUUAUUAUGCAAAAGGAGCAGUUGGCCGGGCCGCAGGAGGAGCGGCUUCAGGCUUUGACGCGCUGGUCCAAUGCACUAACUCAACUGAAUGAAGAAACAAGAUGGGAAGUUGAGCGCAUCACAUGA